GGGCCUUACAGCAAUCUGAUUCAGAAAUUAUGCUAAUCAAACUUAUAUAAUAUUGACACACAGACCAACGUAAUAUAGUCCAACAAAGCUAGCGCACAAAAUAAUGGAAAUCCAGUUUCUUCCCUUCAACUUCACUACUUUCUUGCUUUUCAUAUCCUUCAUCUUUCUCUUAGUUAAGGGAUGGAAGAAAUCGAAUUCCCUGAAUAAGAACAUAAGAUUGCCUCCGAGUCCUUGGAAGCUGCCUUUGGUCGGAAACCUACACCACUUGGUUGGUGGACUCCCACAUCAUUCUCUAAGAAAGUUAACUGCAAAAUAUGGUCCCUUCAUUCAUUUGCAGCUUGGUGAAGUUUCUACGAUUGUCAUAUCAUCUCGUCAAAUUGCUAACAAUGUACUCAAGGUUCAUGAUCCCGCUUGUGCGGGCAGGCCAGAAAGUAUAGGAAUGAAGAUUAUGUGGUAUAACUAUACUGAUAUUGCAUUUAGUCCAUAUAAUGACUACUGGAGGCAAAUGCGCAAAGUAUGCAUUUUGGAGCUGUUAAGCACCAAAAAUGUCCGGUCAUUCGGUUCCAUAAGGGUAGAAGAGGCUUCGCGCCUUAUUAAAUCUAUUCAGUCACGUUCCGGGGGACCCAUCAAUCUAACUGAAAAGAUAUUCUCAUUUAAUAGUUCGAUGACAUGCAGAGCAGCCUUUGGUCAAGUGUUGAGGGACAAGGACACUUUGAUUAUAUUGAUGAAGGAAGGAGCAGCCUUAGCUGGGGGCUUUGAAUUGGCCGAUUUUUUUCCCUCAUCAAAGUUGCUGCAGUUCAUGAGUUGGAAUAAAAAUAGAUUGUGGAAGAUGCGUGCUAAACUUGAUUCGAUACUUGAUUCCAUAAUCGAUGAGCAUAAAGACAACUUAGCAGGAAAGAAAAGAGGAGAAGGAGAGUCGCUCGGAGAAAAUAUAGUAGAUGUUCUACUUCGGUUACAGCAAAGUGAGGAACUAGCUAUUCCAAUAACUAAUGACAACAUAAAAGCAAUCAUUUUUGACUUGUUUUCUGCAGGAACUGAAACUUCAUCUGUAACAAUAGAUUGGGCGAUGGCAGAACUAAUGAGAAAUCCAGAUGUGAUGGCAAAGUCUCAAGCUGAACUAAGACAAGUUGUUAAAGAAAAGGGGACAUUCGAAGAGAGUGAUGUUCAAUCACUAAGAUAUCUGAAGUUGGUAAUCAAGGAAGCUUUAAGGAUGCACCCGCCCUUUCCUUUACUAGCAAGAUCAUGCAGGGAAGAGUGUGAAGUCAAUGGGUAUAUUAUACCCAAUAAAGCCAAAGUCAUGGUUAAUAUAUGGGCUAUGGGAAGAGAUCCAGAAUAUUGGGAUGAACCUGAAAGCUUUAAACCCGAGAGAUUUGAGAGCAAUUCCAUUGAUUUUUUGGGAAAUAACCUUGAAUUUAUACCAUUUGGAGCAGGAAAGAGGUUUUGCCCUGGCAUGAACUUUGCCUUGGCGAAUAUUGAACUUCCUUUGGCACAACUUCUGUACCACUUCAACUGGAAACUUCCCAACAAAAUGCAUUCUAAUGAUCUUGAUAUGGAAGAGGGAAAGGGAUUAAGUGUUCCUAGAAAAAAUGCCCUUUACUUGAUUCCCUCACCCUACUACUCUUCCACUGAUCGUUAAUUAAUCUAUCAAAAGGAGGUUCUUGAUCAAAACGAUAUAUAAGUUUAGACACAUAUCAUAUGUAGGAAAGUUAUAUUUCCUACACAAUUAUUUUCAUUGCAGUCUCUUUGUAUUCCUUGUCAUGUGAUGGUCACGGCGUUACCUUUAUGUAUAGCACUUUUCAUAAGAUUUGUAAUGUUUGAGGAUUAUAUAUUUCAUACUGUCGCUUUCUCAAAA